AUGGGAGUUCCAGGAGCCUUCCACCUUCUACUCGUGUGCCUGAGCCCAGCACUGCUGUCCGCUGUGCGGAUCAACGGGGAUGGCCAGGAGGUCCUGUACCUAGCAGAAGGUGAUAAUGUCAGGCUGGGCUGCCCCUACAUCUUGGACCCUGAAGACUACGGUCCCAACGGUCUGGACAUCGAAUGGAUGCAAGUCAACUCAGACCCCUCACACCGGGAGAACGUGUUCCUGAGUUACCAGGACAAGAGGAUCAACCACGGAAACCUGCCCCACCUGCAGCAGAGGGUCCGCUUUGCAGCCUCAGACCCCAGCCAGUACGAUGCCUCCAUCAACCUCAUGAACCUGCAGGUAUCCGACACGGCCACCUAUGAGUGCCGGGUGAAGAAGACCACCAUGGCUACCCGGAAGGUCAUUGUCACUGUCCAAGCACGUCCUGCAGUGCCCAUGUGCUGGACUGAGGGCCACAUGACAAAAGGCAACGAUGUGGUUCUGAAGUGCUUUGCCAAUGGAGGCUCCCAGCCCCUCUCCUACAAGUGGGCCAAGAUCAGCGGACACACUCACCCCUACCGGGCCGGGUCCUACCACUCCCAGCACAGCUUCCACUCCGAGCUCUCCUACCAGGAAUCUUUCCACACCUCCAUUAAUCAAGGCCUGAACAACGGGGACCUGGUGUUGAAGGACAUCUCCAGAGAGGACAACGGGCUGUAUCAGUGCACGGUGGCCAACCACGUGGGCUACAGUGUCUGUGUGGUGGAGGUGAAGGUCUCAGACUCCCAGCGCGUCGGCAUGAUCAUCGGCGCAGUGCUGGGCUCUCUGCUCAUGCUGGCCUGCCUGGCAGUGGGCAUCUGGGGGCUCAUCUGCUGCUGCUGCGGGGGCUCCGGGGCUGGAGGCGCCCGCGGUGCCUUCGGCUACGGCAACGGCGUCGGGGUCGGCGGCGGGGCCUGCGGCGACUUGGCUAGUGAGAUCAGAGAGGACGCCUUGGCGCCCGGGUGCAAGGUCAGUGGGCGCGGCAGCAGCGUCACCCACCUCCUGGGGUACCCGACGCAGAACGUCAGCCGCUCCCUGCGCCGCAAGUACGCGCCUACGCCCUGCGGCGGCCCGGAGGACGUGGCCCUGGCGCCCCGCACCAUCUCCGCCGCCGCCUGCGAAGCGGGCCCCUCCCAGAUCUACGUCAAGGUCAAGAGCACCGAGCCGGACGCCUGCGCCCAGGGGCCGCUGCCUUGCAAGGACGGUCUCGUGGUGUGA